UUCUAUUUUCGAUUGAUAAGUAGAUUUGUGAAAAGUGUUAAUAUAAUUCUCGCAUUUGAUUCAUAAGCUGUAGUUUUACUAUCUGAAUGGAGCUGUCUGCACCUCCUUGUCUUCCAAAAUGUCCUUCAUCUCUGCUUCUGAAAUCUAGGGUUAGGGUUUUUCAGCGAACACCGAACCCAACAUGCUCACCUUUCCAAGCUUCAAUCUUUUCAGUCAAUCACCGCACUCUCACCUCAAAUGAUCCUCCAAGAAACAUCUCCUCCGCUGCUUUGGCGGGAAACAACACUUCAGCUACAACAGCUUUGCCAGUUGACUCAGAUGUUAGAAUUGGGGAGGUGAAAAGGGUCACCAAGGAGACCAACGUUUCAGUCAAAAUAAACUUGGAUGGUUCUGGGGUUGCUGAUAGUAGUACUGGAAUUCCCUUCCUCGAUCAUAUGCUUGAUCAACUUGCUUCACAUGGGCUAUUCGAUGUACAUGUAAAGGCUAUAGGUGAUAUACAUAUUGAUGAUCAUCACACAAAUGAAGAUGUUGCACUUACUAUUGGAACGGCUUUGCUGCAGGCUCUUGGUGAUAGGAAGGGUAUUAACCGGUUUGGUGACUUCUCUGCUCCACUUGAUGAAGCAUUAAUACACGUUUCAUUGGAUUUAUCUGGGCGACCACAUCUAAAUUAUAAUUUGGACAUACCCACUCAGAGGGUUGGGACAUAUGACACUCAGUUGGUGGAGCAUUUUUUCCAGUCAUUAGUGAACACAUCUGGUAUGACACUUCACAUUCGGCAGCUUGCUGGAGAAAAUUCCCAUCAUAUAAUUGAGGCAACAUUCAAAGCAUUUGCAAGGGCUCUUCGACAAGCAACAGAGUAUGAUCCACGUCGCCGUGGAACUGUACCAAGUUCAAAAGGGGUUCUGUCACGUAGUUAAUAUCUUCAGCCGGUGUGCAUAAUUCGAUUGAGCGACGAAUAGAAGUGGACCUCCAUAGUUUUCCAAGUGUAUGCAUCCAUAAUGAUUAUUACUUCGGGCUCCACAAUGCUAGUCCUUAGAUGCCGUGUGAUGAUAAAUGCCGGUGCUGUGGGCCUGUUACUGUAUAGUAGUUACUGGCUUCUGUAACCAAUAUUGUUGUAGGUACAUUUAUUCUGGAAGUAAAAAUUAUUUUAGUGCUUUUUUUUUUUUUUACGUUCUUUUUUCUUUUAAAAAAUAAGUGGAAUAUACUUUGUUUUUUGUUUGGAUGGUUCAG